AUGAAAGACACUUCAAUUAUCGAGGAGGCUCUGCGACCUGCAACACACUUCUUACCGGUCCGCAAUGGCCGCGCCGACAGCGUCUUCCCCGGCAUCGACUAUAACUUUGCGUACCUCAAAACCCUCGACGAUAACGCCCAGAAUCUGGCGGGGGCCCUGGGCCUCGCUGACACGGCGCAGCUGUGGCGGUUGUAUCUCGACGAUAUCGACAGCAUGGAGGUCCUGACGGCUUACGUGGAGCAUCGCCGGGGGCGGUUUGGCGCCGGCCAGAGCGAGCUCAAGGACUCGGAUUGUAAGGUCCUAGAUACCACCCUCGGGCAGGUGAUCUAUGACCGCGUGGCACGCACCGUCUGGACCCGGCGGGAUGCCCCCUCGCUGCAGAGCAGUGGGGUCACCAAUGUCACCUUCUACGCGAUCAUGACCCUGUGGUAUGCCUGCGAACUGAUCGAGGCCAAGCCGAGCCUCUUCUCGCCCGCAACGCGGCCGAGGGCCAGCCCCCCCACCUUCGACCCUUAUGACCUGGUGCACGCCUGGAAACUGUUGGCGUUUGUCUACAGGCAAGAAGAAAAAGACCGCGUACCGAGGAAGCGGAAACCGCAACGCAACAAGGCACACGCGCCCGUCUUCGCGCGUCGCCCCGCGUCAGGCCGGUGGGCUACCACCCCGGACCUGGAGAUAUUGCCCCCGGGCGAAACCGCCGGUACCGUCACCCUGAGUGACGCCCAGCCUGAUGGCGGACCCGGACCAGCCCCCCCGGCCGCGGGCGGCGACCCGAUCCCGGAGGAUUGGCCCAGUUCGGCAUCGGAAGGGGGCGACGAGGACGAGGCGUUCGUAGCGAGCAACGUCACGGUCGACGAGAUGCGCCAGACCCUAGAGAUCGAGGAGCAGAUCCUUGCCUUCAUGCCGGGCGCGCCCCGGGCCGCCCAGGCCAAGGACCGGCCGGCACUAAGCCCGGCGCAGCGAACCCGGUUACUGGAGCUGCUCACGCACGACCUCGACAAGUGGGUGGUAUACGCCAAAGACCCGGCCCCGGCGGCAGAAUCGGGCCCAGGCGCCGACACCGAGUUGGUCGCGACCCUCACCCAGCUCGCCCUCGCCGAGGAAGCGGCCGUCAACCCCGACGGGGACGGCGGCGGCGGCAGCGACGCGGAGUCGACCCAUACGGCCGAGGGGCCAACGAUCCCGGACCUGUCAAGAAUCGUGCGGGAGUCGAUGCGCCGCGCAUCCGCGCUCGCGCCAAGUUACCUGGAGAGCUGCCACGAGCUAGGGCUGGACCGGACCCAUCCUGUCGUCUCGGGAGCUGCCGGCGCGGAACCCGUGGCGCUAAAACCCUGGCAAGUGGUAGCGGUCGAAUGGAUGCGACGUCAGGAGCAGUUGCCCAUCCGCGGGGGCCUGCUCGCCGACGGGUGCGGGUUGGGCAAAACGCUCACCGCCCUGAGCCUGAUCUACCUCGCUCCUUCGUUGUCGCCCCCGGGCAAAAACUAUAAGCCCACCCUCGUCAUCUGUCCCAGCGGGGUGGUCUACGGGUGGGCUAAGGAAAUCAUUCGCCGGCUCGGGAAUGCGCUGACCCUGCUCAUCUUCUACGGGCGUAAAGCCACGACGGUCGACGUUGCGCUCAAAGGGCUGGUGGUCGACACGGCCGACGACCUGCAGACCCGCCUGGCCGCGCUGCGCGACGAUCAGAUCACGACGGCCCGCACAGUGGUCCUGACGGCCUACUCGACGUGGGCAAUCCGGACGACGGAACCCGAGGUGGAGGACGACCACAACGACGCCGACGGGGCGGAGAACCCGGACGUCCGUCGGGAGGACCACGAUGAUGACCCGGACGAGGACGGGGAGGCCUGGGACGCCGCAACCGAGGUGGAUGAGGGGGAGGACGGCGGCCUAGGAGGGGCCCUUACCCGGCGGGAUGCCAUCCGAUACCUGGGCAAUCUCCAGUCCGCCCUGAGCCAGGCCGAUGCCGCCGCUGAGGGCCACCGCGCCCGGCGCCGGCCGGCGCAGUCGUACUGCUCCCGGUUUCCGCGCGUGUUUGGCCGGGUCGUGGCCGACGAGGCGCAUGCCAUUAAGACGAUCCGAACCCGCAGUCACCAGGCCGUCUCAUUGCUGGAGGCGGACGCUUUCUGGGGCCUGACGGCCACCCCGAUUUGGAAUCGCCCCGUCGACCUGUGUGGGUACCUGGUCCAGCUCUACCGGCAGGCGGAUUACCACGACCACCACGACCACCACGACGACACCGACGAUACCGACGACGGCCCGGAGGAGGGGGAAGCGCCGAAGGGCCGGAUGAGGAAGACUGACGUGCUCGCGGAAUACCUUGACUGGGCCGCGCGGGAGGGAACCGCCUGGGACGAGGAGGACGAGCCCCCUUACCACCUCUUGGCCCCGCAGCGUCUGGCCGUCAUUGCCGGCCGCGGGGACAUGACCGCGCGUCAGGGUCUGAUCGCGCUGCCCGUCAUCCUGCGGAUGGUCUGCCUGGCCCGCGACAUGGGCGACACCAUGGAGGUUUCGCCCAUGGGCGAAACCCGGGAGGCGAUCCGGAUCGGACACGAGAUCCCACCCCUGGGGGUUGCCACUAUCGAGCUGAAGCAUACCACCGCCAGCCGCGUCCUGCACAAGCAGGUCGUGACCCGGAUUAUCGCAACGGCCGGGCUGCAACGGUCCCCGCUCACGGCCGGCGUCCGCCGGCGCCUCGCGCACCUGGCGUUUUACCCGCGGCUGGAGAUCCUCUACCGCCGUCUCGGGAAGAAGAGGUCCCGGGCGGCCUCCGUCGCGCGGUACGCGGCUCAGGGCGACCUGGGAUUCAACACGUUCUUUCGGAAGACGACCCUGGAUCCCGUCUGCAUGCCCCCGAGCACGCGGUUCGCGAUGGCUUUCUACCUGGCUGCCCACUGCGUCAAGCUCCGUUACCUCUGCCGAAUCCUCGAGGCCGAGGGGCUGUUCGGGCCCGUUGCCGCACCGGGCGCGCCCCACCCCCGGUUCCUGAUCUUUACCCAAUGGCCCACCGUCCGCUGGGUGGUCCUGAUGUUCCUGCACGCUCUGGGGGUCGAGGUGACCACCAUCGUGGCGGGCAUGACGACCGACGAGCGCGCCCACGCCGCUAACACCUUCAAUGCCCCGGACAGCGGCGUCUCCGUGUUGGUAACCAGCUUUCAGACCGGCGCCGUCGGGAUCAACCUGCAUGACCAGUGCUCGCGUGCUAUCUUCAUGGAGCCGCCCCAGGGGGUCAACGGCGCCCUCCAGGCGAUGGGACGCCUCCACCGCCUGGGGCAGCGCUACCCCCAGAAGGUCUGGAUUCUGUCCCAGGUCCAGUCCUUUGACGCCCACGUGGAGGACAGCAACAUCCUGAAGGCCCUCCCGCAGGUGGCCGCCGACCUGGAGCCCAUCCUCCGGGCGGCAGGCCUCCGGGCGGAAGCGGCCGGCGACGAUACCGGCGAGGAAACGAACCAGGAGGAGGUCUUUCACCGGGUGGCGGUGGCCAAGCUCGCCAGCUUGCUCGGUCGGCGCGCCCCGGAUCUCAGCCACGGCACCCUGGACGACUGGGCUACCGAGCUCACCGGCCAACCGAACCCGGCAAGUGACAAGAAUCCGGCAUCUACGGACCACAUGCCCAGUGACGACCGCCCCGACGACGACAACGGCCACCAUCACGGCCGGCCGAACCCGAAACGCCCCAAGACCGACCAUCAGGGAUCCGACGGGCCGACGGCUCCGCCGCCCCGGAAUCGCGACACCGAUCUCCAAGCAGCGGAUACCACUACAAACGGUCUAAUGCCAGUUUCCUUACCGCCUGUGGGCCCAAUGAAAAACCUACCGACGGAAAACAAGAAAGGGAAAGAUUCCGACGCGAAUAAUCCGGAUCCUGUUGAGAAGGUUCGUCGCGCCGGUCCACCCGGCUCCGUUUGA